AUGACUCACUUGGUCUCAGCUUCCACGUCUCGCCCCUCUUGUUCGUUUCCCUCUCCCGCAGCUGCGCCUUCGCACCUCCCCAGCUCAACAGGGGCGGCGCAGUCUGCUGCGCCUUCGAAGUUAGGUCGCGCGAUCCCCGUGUCUACUCUCUCUCCCCCAGGCGCUGCGCCCCCGUCAGAGCCCAUGUGUGCUUCGCCGUCAGCUGUCGACUCUCCUGCUGAACCUAGACUUCCACCUUCCCGCGCGCUCGCAUCCUCGUCGUCCACGGCGGGGCCCCUGCCGGCCGCCGCCCCAGGAGACAGUGCAGGCCUGCAAGCAGGUUCCUCGCUAGCUGCCGGCGCGGAGGCGCCCUCCCUUGCGGCACCUUCGGCGCCCGCUUCGCCUGCAAGCAAGGGGAAGAAGACCUCUCGCGAAGAAUUCAGCCCGGCCGCUGGCUGCUCCCUCGCAGACGGGUUUGCCCUCGCCGCGAAGCGGACCCGGCGGGCAGACGCCGUCUCCCCAACCGACCUCGCGCCAGAGAACACCGACAGCUGGCUGGGCGAGGGGACUUCGCCCCAGAAGCCGCAGAGGACUGGCGAGGCAUCCGCGGGACCGCCUCAUUCGGGCGCGAGCGACGCAGGAAAGGCAAGCGACGACAUGGGCGAGGGCAGCGGCUUUGGCGAUGAGCGCGGCGACCGCGGCGGCGCGAGGCUUCAGAACGGCGCAAAGAGUGCCAAGACGUGCAGAGAGCCUGUCGCCGCCGUAGCAAAGUCUGACGACGGCUGGGGGGGGGGGGCGAAGCAGGAAGCGGCCGGGGAUGGCGUCGCCAGCGAAGCGACGCCGCACCCCGGGGUCCGCAGUGCGGGCGCAGUCGGGAGCCCCACAGAGGGCGAGAGCCGGAACGGAGUGUGCGGCCAGAAGCCAGGCGAGGAGGAGCGGCAAGGCUCAGGAAGAGAGGCGCGUGCCGAGUCGACGCACCCUGCAGAUUUUUGCAGUUUGUGUGGACAGCCUCGCGCGGAGGACGGUCGAGGGCGCGCCGGCGUCAAGCAGGAGCCCGAGGCGCUGAACGGCGUGAGCAAGAAGGCGGACCGCCCAGCCGCUAGCGGGGGAGGUGUGGCGGCGGACGGCGAUGAAGACGACGACACGUGGGUGUGUGAGACCUGUCUCCGCUGCGCAGAAGAGGAGGCGAAGACCGAAGAAGAGAGCCUCUGGCACAAGGCAGAUCCGAACGGAAUUCCGCGGCCCGAACCCGCCGGCUCCGCCUCGCCCAACAUCGAGGACAAAGGGUCGCCAGAAGCGAGCAGUGCGCCGGGCAGCAGCCCUGCGACGCCUCCCACGGCGCCUUCGGUGUCUUCGGCGGCGUCUGCGUCGCAGGGUGCGGCGGCUCGCAGCUCUGCGUCUGCGCCGCGCUCUGCAGGGGGGAAGGGAGGCGACCAUGAGACAGUGGUCGCCUCGAGCAGUGGCGGCGGCAAGCGCAGAGAGGCAGGGGCAGGAGGGGGGGGCGGGGCGGGCAGUGGAGCGGGGAGCGCGUCGUGCAGCGGCGGCCGCGGAGACCGCAGCGGGGGAGGCAGUGUGCCAGCCGGGGCGCGCGCGUGUGCAGCCGCAGGGGCAGCGAACCCCGCGAAGUGCAUCGACGAGGGCACGACGCGAAGCACAACUGUUCACGUGGGUCCGAACCAUCAAGUCCCCGCGCUUCCAGCGUUUUUCUUGGACAGCAGCUGCUGGCCGCGACCGCCGGCGGACACAGUCCUGGACCCGAGUCUGACUGCGCGACUCGUCUACUCGCCUUCCGCGCUGGAGCGCAUCAAGCUGCGGCGGGAACAAGAAGGCCGCCAGGACCGCUCCAUCAGCUGCGACGCCGACAUGACGGCCUUCGUGAAGGCCUGUUCGCAGAACUGGAAGACGCGCCCCGGCUGGCAGCCCUUCAGCCCCGAGUUUGCGUACAAGAUCCUCCACUACGCGGGCUACGACCCCGUCCGCGCCCUGCACAUCAUGAACGACCCCCAGUUCAGCUUCCGAGACGUCUGUGACCCGCCGCUGCGGAAAUAUGACAACAAAUGGAAGCCAAAAGACCGCAGGGGGCUCAUCGCCGCCACGCCCUACCCCCCGCCGAUCUCUGCGCGAGGGUCGCUGGCCAGGAGGCACCAUCGGGACGUCUCUGGAUACUCGCUGCGCUGA